AGCCUUGCCAAAUAUGGACAGGGAGGUCAAAGAACAAUAUCAAGUACUCAUCCAAGCCAAGGACAUGGGAGGACAGCUGGGAGGACUAGCAGGAACCACUACAGUGAACAUCACUCUCACUGAUGUCAAUGACAAUCCACCUAGAUUCCCCAAAAGUAUCUUUCAUCUAAAAGUCCCCGAGUCUUCUCCAGUUGGUUCAGCCAUUGGAAGAAUCAGAGCUGUGGACCCUGAUUUUGGGAAAAAUGCAGAAAUUGAAUACAACAUUGUUCCAGGAGAUGGGGGAAACUUGUUUGAUAUCGUGACAGAUGAAGAUACACAGGAAGGGGUCAUCAAAUUGAAAAAGCCAUUAGAUUUUGAAACAAAAAAGGCAUAUACUUUCAAAGUGGAGGCUUCCAACCUUCAUCUUGACCACCGCUUCCACUCAGUGGGUCCUUUCAAGGAUACUGCGACUGUGAAGAUCAGUGUGUUGGAUGUGGAUGAGCCUCCAGUUUUUAGCAAGCCCCUAUACACCAUGGAGGUUUAUGAAGACACUCCUGUUGGGACCAUAAUUGGAGCUGUCACCGCACAAGAUCUUGAUGUUGGCAGCAGUGCUAUUAGAUACUUCAUAGAUUGGAAGAGUGAUGGGGACAGCUACUUUACAAUAGAUGGAACUGAAGGAACCAUUGCUACUAAUGAAUUAUUGGACAGAGAAAGCACUCCACAGUAUAAUUUCUCUAUAAUUGCAAGUAAAAUUAGCAACCCAUCGCUAACCAGCAAAGUCAAUGUUCUCAUCAAUGUCCUGGAUGUCAAUGAAUUUCCUCCAGAAAUUUCUGUACCAUAUGAGACGGCAGUGUGUGAAAAUGCUAAACCAGGACAGGUAAUUCAGAUCAUCAGUGCUGCGGACCGAGAUCUUUCACCUGCUGGGCAACAAUUCUCCUUUAGAUUAUCACCUGAGGCUGCCAUCAAACCCAAUUUUACAGUCCGUGACUACAGAAACAACACAGCUGGAAUUGAAACUAGAAGAAGUGGAUACAGCCGCAGGCAGCAAGAGUUUUAUUUUCUCCCAGUCGUGAUCGAGGACAGCAGUUACCCAGUCCAGAGCAGCACAAACACAAUGACUAUUCGAGUUUGUAGGUGUGAUUCCGAUGGGACCAUCCUGUCUUGCAAUGUGGAGGCAAUUUUUCUACCUGUAGGACUCAGCACCGGUGCUUUGAUUGCAAUAUUACUUUGUAUAGUUAUUCUCUUAGCCAUUGUUGUGUUGUAUGUUGCCCUGCGAAGGCAAAAGAAAAAAGACACCCUGAUGACCUCUAAAGAAGACAUCAGAGACAAUGUUAUCCAUUAUGAUGAUGAAGGAGGUGGGGAAGAGGACACUCAGGCUUUCGACAUUGGCGCCCUGAGAAAUCCAAAAGUGAUUGAAGAUAACAAAAUACGCAGGGAUAUAAAACCAGACACUCUCUGUUUACCUCGUCAGAGACCACCAGUGGAAGAUAACACAGACAUAAGAGAUUUCAUUAAUCAAAGGCUACAGGAAAAUGAUGUGGAUCCCACGGCACCCCCUUAUGAUUCAUUGGCAACAUAUGCCUAUGAAGGCAAUGGAUCUGUAGCAGAGUCCCUGAGCUCCAUAGACUCGCGCACUACAGAAGCAGACCAGGAUUAUGACUACCUGACUGACUGGGGACCACGCUUUAAAGUCUUGGCAGACAUGUUUGGAGAGGAAGAAAGUUACAACUCUGACAAAGUCACCUAG